UUGGGUACUUUGAUUAAUCGCAAGUAAACAUAGAGUCAGUUUUAAUCUCGAGGUACAAUUUUGCAAAUUUAUAGCUGACUUCACACAGCUCAAACAACGAUUACUCUUAGUUGCUGCGCAACAGAAGUAUAGUAAUGUCACACAGCUCAUUAUAGAUUUAGUCUUGCACAUGCAAAUCAAUCAGAAACAUGCUUUUGAAACAUGCCAUCUUUGUUGUUUUGGUACUAUUUGGCGCAAGCAAGGUGAAUUCGAUGCUUGUAACACAAGGAACAUAUUUCAGGACAAUUGAAACAAAUGACGGUGACAAUUCUGAUAUUAGAAAUGACGAGGGAGUUUCGACUGAAUUCUUUCAUAACUAUGGUCUUGAUGAAAGCUGUAAGUAUAUAGGAUAUUCUGCAGAUGAUAAGAGGUACAGAAAAGCAUCCAGUGCUGAAGAGCUCCAGCAGGAAAAGGGAUACAAUCGAGUUUGGAAGAAGAUGGUGUCAUUGAAUGUCGCAUUUAGAAAACCGUCCUCUCAGUCUUCGGUGCGUUUUUUUGAAGGAAUCAAUUUGAUUCCGGGCUUCGGAAAUGAUGGAAACAUAACUGGAAAAUGGCAAGGAUGCAGUCUCACGGAAAAUGACGAAAAACCGUUUUGGCAGGUGGACCUUCUUAGGGAAGUUUACGUGACGAGUGUUCGAGUAAAAAGCACUGAGAAUUGGGGCAGUGGUAAAAUCAAUCCAUUCAGUGUAAGUGUUGGCAAUGAUAGAUCGGAGGGCGGCCGCAAAAACCCACUUUGUGUUACAAAUGGGCAGGUGGACAAAGGUCAAUUGAAGAAAUUUGAUUGCGACAAUCCACUGGUUGGUCGAUUUGUGAGUCUGUUUAUAGACAGGAAAGAAUAUCUACCAGUCUGCGAAGUCGAGGUUUAUGAAGGAAAUAUCGCGUACAAAAAGCCAUCUUCGCAAUCAUCAACAUCUACAAUAGAUGGAAUCCUACUAGUUGCCAGUUUUGGAAAUGAUGGUAACAGAACUGGGGAUUGGCAAGGAUGCAGUAUCACACAAGCUGACGUGACACCCUGGUGGCAAGUGGACCUUACAAGGCAAGCUGCGGUCGCAAGUGUCCAAAUAAGAAGUGGCGCAACUUGGGGUCAAUUGAAAAUCAAUCCAUUCGAUGUCAGUGUUGGGGAUGAUAGUUCAAAUGGUGGACGAAACAAUGCACUGUGUGUGAAAGAAGGAAGGUUGGCAAGUGGUGAAUUGAAAAAGUUCGAUUGUCCACAGGUCCUGAUGGGUCGCUACGUUAGUGUCUAUUUGAACAGGAAAGAAUUUCUUCAAGUAUGCGAGGUUGAGGUUUAUGAAGGUAUGUGCUUGAACUUAAGGCUUUCUUUCGAACAUACCAUAGGUAUCAGACCAGAGCCUCGUUAUUUCUGAGAUUUAAUGAUAGAGGCUAUGGCACCCGGGGUAUUUCGAAUAUAGAGUAAAAACUCUCGCAGUCACUGCACUGAAAGUCUUUGCGUCUACAAAUUGUUGAAAAAUUUUCGCUGCCAAUCGAUCAUGCGAUACAUACAUUGAUGACAAAAAUUUUCAGCGGUUAAAAUUUCGGACAAUGAACUUAGUUGAAGAAAUUUGAUAACCUGAUGUGGUUUUGCUUCACACAUGCAAAAGACUGUUCAAAAUUUUCCUGAAAAUUUCUCUGUCCGAAUUUUAAAAGUAUGACAAAUUUUUAACCAUAUCAAACAACGAAACCACAUAAGGACAGAUUUUCAAGAAAAUUUUGAACAGUCUUUUGCAUGUGUGAAGCGAAACCACAUCAGGUUAUAGAUUCACAUUUACACAAAAGUUUUAAGAAACUUGGAAGAAUAUCUGACUAUUGGAAACAUGACAUGUCAAGAAACAUUAUGUACUGGAACGGCUCAAAUUCUUAGUUUAGUGACUUAUUAAUUGACGAUGAGAACAAUAAUGAUAAUUAUUUGAACUGGUGGUCCUAUUAACUUGGAAAAGGGCUUUUUCAAAAAUUUUGUUGCCAGUCAUGUUUAACGAUCGUAGACUUUGCUUUAGUCAAUAUAUACUACGCAUGCGUGGGUCAUACAAAAUUUAUCGGCGUGACAACCUUCCGGACAAAUUUGCUACCCUGAAAGUUGUUUUACUCAAUGUAGAUUGCGAUCCAGUCCUCCCAGGUGGUGCCUUCUAUUUUGUAUAUUGAUCUUAGCCUCUAUUUGGUGCUUUCUGGUGACUGGGGGGUUGUACAAUAUAGAACAAUUACAUUCUUUGGCUUUAGUUAUCUUGGACAUGAUAUCUUCGAUCAUCAAAAUGGCUAAAAUGGCUUAGUACUACAAGAAUCCGAGGUUCACUGUUCAAAAAAGUCUAUUUUUUUUCAAAACUGUCAAGAGUUGAAAGAAUGCAUGGGCCCAUUGAUACUUUAGCUUUUUACCCUGGGUACCAGACCCACAUAAUUUCGAUCGCAGGACUAGAAGAUUGGAGUACAGAAGCGAAGGAGUAAAUAUUCGCGAGUUUCAUCAAUAAUAAUUAUAAUCGUUUAGGAACCACGCCUGUAUCUAUUGCCAUACACAUUUUGUCGGCAAACCAUCGGUUUUGUAGCCCGCUCCAUCAAAAUUUUAUGGCGACCGCAUUGGCGAAGAUCCCCGCUUCUCCGCUUAGUUUUCUAUUUACGCGCGUGAAAUUGUGUGGCUCUGGUACUGAGGGUACUUGGCCUUCCUAAAACCAAGAAACAGAGUUCUUUCAAGCAAGCUUCGGCAACACCAUACUUUGUUAAUUUCAAAAGCAACCAAUGAUGCUCCAUUGGCAUCUUCAAAUCUAAGUAAACAACACCAGACUUUCAUCAAUGCAAGCACCACUUCAGCGUGCAGAUCUCACCAAUGUAUAAAGAUUUGCAUUUGGCUUGAAAGGAUAAUCCAAUAUUUUUGUUAAUUUUACGCACAUAUUUUGGGAUGGUAUCAUUAAAUUUAAAAAUCCCCUACUGAUACCUCAAUCUCAGUUUGGGAUAGCCGUAACUAAUUAUUGUUCUUAUUUCGACAAACUUUCUUGACUCCUUUUGCAAAUUUCAUGUUUCCAGCUAUUGCUUUUACUGCAUUCUUCUUAAAACUUCAAGACUGGGAACUUAAUUUGCUAAAUAUCACAACAUUUACAAAGAGCUGACAAUGAGCCUAGGCAUUCCUAGUCCGCAAAUGAUUCACUUAUUUAUCUCAGCUAGUUUCUUGGGAUGUGUGACAAAUAAUGGUUUCCUGGAAUCUAUGUCAAAUACUGGGUUAAUUUAAGUUAAUUUCGUUAAAUUUUUUUGUUAAAAUUUGCAAGCGAAGAGUUUCUGCACAUCAUUUUGAUAAAUUGAAAUUAUAUUUUUGAAACAACUGAAAAAAUUCUGUGAUAAUAAUACUGUCAGAAGUAUGUAUUAAUGUAUGAA